AUAGUGAGAAUUCAAUAAUCGGAUUGGGAGACAGCAAUCUAAAUUAUAUUCAUUUUAUCCAUUGCUUAAAGCAUGGAUUCCAUAUAUUAUUGUGAUAUUUACAUUCCAGAAUAAUACAAUUUUCGGAGUUCGAAAAGCAUUUGCCUUGAAAAUAACUUGACAUUCUCCUGAUUAAAAGUAACACUUGUUUCGCUCUCUUUGAAUGGCAUUUGGUAUCUUGGUUUAAAACAUACAUUCUUUGUAUUUUGACAGUUGGUUGGUUUUGCUUCGUGUUGUUCGGGCAAACAGAAAGAAAAUCGAAUCGCGGAGGAGUGAUUCAAAAUCGUGAUAGAUACCAAAGUAGAUGAAAGGCGUAUUAAUUUUCGAUGCAUUGAAAAAUUAAAAAAUAUAAUAAUAAAAUUUAUAAUUCUAAAUAAGUGUGUAAGAAAUUAAAAAAAAAUAAAUAAGUGUUAAAUUUGUAUAAAUAUCUCUGACACUUCGGUGGCAGUAGUUUUUUGGGCCUGUCUAAGGACGUAGGAGCGUAACACCAUCGAAAUGGAGAAUUUAAUUCCAAUCGUUAAUAAAUUGCAAGAUGCAUUUACGCAAUUGGGUGUUCACAUGCAGCUUGAUCUGCCACAGAUUGCUGUGGUAGGUGGUCAAUCGGCUGGAAAAAGUUCAGUACUUGAGAAUUUUGUCGGAAAAGAUUUUUUACCUCGCGGUUCUGGAAUUGUAACACGCCGCCCCCUAAUAUUGCAAUUAAUAAAUGGCAUCACUGAAUAUGGCGAAUUUUUGCAUUGCAAAGGAAGAAAGUUUACUAAUUUUGAUGAAAUUCGGAAAGAGAUUGAAGAUGAAACGGAUCGCGUGACAGGCAGUAAUAAAGGCAUAUCAAACAUUCCCAUCAAUUUACGUGUAUACUCACCACACGUACUCAAUUUAACAUUAAUCGAUUUGCCAGGUUUAACAAAAGUAGCAAUUGGUGAUCAACCACAGGAUAUUGAGCAACAGAUAAAAGGAAUGAUCUUUCAAUUUAUCAAAAAAGAAACAUGCUUGAUAUUAGCUGUAACUCCGGCGAAUACCGAUUUAGCCAAUUCAGAUGCUUUGAAACUGGCAAAAGAAGUCGAUCCUCAGGGUGUACGUACAAUUGGUGUUAUUACAAAACUUGAUUUGAUGGAUGAAGGCACAGAUGCGCGAGAUAUAUUGGAAAAUAAACUAUUGCCAUUGCGACGUGGUUAUAUUGGUGUAGUAAAUCGUUCACAAAAAGAUAUUGAGGGGCGUAAAGAUAUACAUAUGGCUUUAGCUGCAGAACGUAAAUUCUUCUUAAGUCAUCCAUCAUAUCGUCAUAUCGCUGAUCGUUUGGGUACACCGUAUUUACAACGUGUACUCAAUCAACAGUUGACCAAUCACAUACGAGAUACGUUACCCGGAUUACGUGACAAAUUACAGAAACAAAUGCUUGCUUUAGAAAAAGAUGUUGAACAAUUCAAGCAUUUCCGACCCGAUGAUCCCAGUAUAAAGACAAAAGCUAUGUUACAAAUGAUACAACAGUUACAAUCCGAUUUUGAACGUACUAUUGAAGGAUCUGGUUCAGCUUUAGUUAAUACAAAUGAAUUAUCUGGUGGUGCUAAAAUAAAUAGAAUAUUUCAUGAACGAUUACGUUUUGAAAUUGUUAAAAUGGCAUGUGACGAAAAAGAGUUGCGUCGUGAGAUCUCUUUUGCCAUUCGUAAUAUACAUGGUAUUCGUGUAGGCCUCUUCACACCAGAUAUGGCUUUCGAGGCUAUUGUUAAGCGUCAAAUUGCACAAUUAAAAGAGCCUGUAAUUAAAUGUGUUGAUCUAGUCGUACAAGAGUUAUCUGUUGUUGUGCGAAUGUGUACUGAUAAGAUGUCUCGUUAUCCACGCUUACGUGAAGAAACUGAACGUAUUAUUACCACACACAUUCGUCAACGUGAGCAAUACUGCAAAGAACAAAUUUUGUUAUUAAUUGAUUUCGAGUUAGCCUACAUGAAUACCAACCAUGAGGAUUUUAUUGGCUUUGCAAAUGCUCAGAGUAAGUCAGAAAAUGCCAAUAAAACGGGCACUCGCCAGCUUGGCAAUCAGGUCAUUCGAAAAGGUCAUAUGGUUAUACAAAAUUUGGGUAUAAUGAAAGGCGGUUCUCGUCCUUAUUGGUUUGUGCUUACAUCGGAGAGUAUUUCAUGGUUCAAGGAUGAAGACGAGAAGGAAAAGAAAUUCAUGUUACCGUUGGAUGGUUUGAAAUUACGUGACAUUGAACAGGGAUUUAUGUCAAUGUCAAGACGUGUUACCUUUGCUUUAUUUAGUCCUGAUGGACGUAAUGUUUAUAAGGAUUAUAAACAACUUGAAUUAUCUUGCGAGACAGUCGAAGAUGUGGAGUCAUGGAAAGCAUCAUUUUUGCGUGCUGGUGUUUAUCCUGAAAAACAAGUUAAUCAGGAGAAUGGUGAUGAACAGGAAGGACAAGAGUCUGUUGGCGAAGAAGCUUCAACAGAUCCACAAUUAGAACGUCAAGUUGAGACUAUAAGAAAUUUAGUUGAUUCCUAUAUGAAAAUUGUGACAAAAACAACACGUGAUAUGGUUCCAAAAGCUAUAAUGAUGCUUAUCAUUAACAAUACUAAAGAUUUCAUAAAUGGUGAAUUGCUGGCUCAUCUUUAUGCCACUGGCGAUCAGGUACAAAUGAUGGAAGAAUCUGCUGAAUCAGCAACAAAACGUGAAGAAAUGUUGCGCAUGUAUCACGCAUGCAAAGAAGCAUUAAAUAUUAUCAGUGAAGUCUCAAUGGUGACUGUAUCCUCACCUUUACCACCGCCAGUUAAAAACGAUUGGUUACCAAGCGGAUUAGAUAAUCCACGCUUAUCGCCACCUAGUCCUGGUGGACCCCGAAAACCAGCACCAACAGCACAGGGUUCAUUGGGUAGCGCGGGUGGACGUGGCCCCCCACCACCUCCAGCUUCUGGUCGUCCAGCACCAGCAAUUCCAAAUCGCCCAGGAGGCGGUGCACCGCCUUUACCUGGCGGCCGCCCAGGCGGCGCUCUUCCACCACCACUACUACCUUCACGCGUAACUGGAGCAGUCGGUGGCGCAAUCACUCAACAAACUGGUGCAAAUCGUUAUGUACCCGAAAGUAUGCGUGGACAAGUGAAUCAAGCUGUUGGACAAGCGGCUAUUAAUGAAUUAUCCAAUGUCUUUGCAACAAGAUUCAAUCGUGUUGGACCCAAUGCUCCACCAAAAUUGCCGGACAGACCAUCAUAUUAUGGCAACACAACAAAUGGACGACCCUAUUAAAAGAAUGAUUCAGAAUAAACUCUAAUUUAUUUUACUAUAGCAGUUGAAACGCUUUCGGUUGAUAUAUGCGUCUUUACAUAUAUUUACAUAUAUGCAUAUAAAUUCUGGCGCCAAAAUGCAAACCAAUGUAUAAAAGAAAGAAAUUAAAUAAAUAUU